AUGAUGGCUUCAGAAUUUAAUGAUAAUCUUGACGAUGUUGUUAUAGUAUCUGCUGUUCGUACACCUAUCGGCUCAUUUAAUGGAUGUUUAUCAAGUUUAAAAGGUCAUCAACUCGGAGCUGUAGCAAUUAAAGGUGCACUGGCUAAAGUCAGUGCUAGUAUUCGACCAGAUGAAAUAAGCGAAGUAUUUAUGGGUCAAGUAUUAACUGCAAAUGAAGGUCAAAAUCCAGCACGACAAGCUGCACGUGGUGGUGGUCUCCCAUAUGCUGUACCUGCAACAACAGUUAAUAUGGUUUGUGGCUCAGGCAUGAAAGCAGUAGUUUUAGGUGCUCAAGCAAUUCGAACAGGUGAUGCAAGCAUUGUAGUAGUUGGAGGACAAGAAAGUAUGAGUCAAGCACCACAUUGUAUGCCACUUAGAAAUGGUAAGAAGAUGGGUGAUGCUACACUUAUCGAUUCGAUGGUACAUGAUGGUCUUACAGAUGCAUUCAAUCAUGUUCAUAUGGGUAUUACAGCGGAGACUGUUGCUCAUGCAAGUGCUGUUACACGAGAAGAACAAGAUGAAUUUGCCUAUAGCUCUCAACAAAAAUGUGAACAAGCUAUGUCUCUUCGACAUUUUGAUGCAGAAAUUGAACCUAUCGUUCUUUCAACAUCAAAAACUAAUACUCAAAUUAGUGAUGAUGAAUAUCCUCGCAAACAAACAACAUUAGAAGGUCUUGCGAAAUUGAAAACAGUAUUCAAAGAAGCUGGAACAGUUACUGCUGGCAAUGCAUCAGGUAUAAAUGAUGGUGCUGCUGCUUUAGUUCUUUGUUCGAAUCGUAUUGCUAAAUCAAAACAAUUAGUCCCUCUAGCCAGAAUUGUCUCAUGGGGACAAUCUGGUAUUGAUCCACUUAUGAUGGGUUUGUCACCAAUUUCUGCAAUUAAAGAAGCUCUACGCAAAGCUAAAUGGGAUAUUGAAACCGUAGAUUUAUUUGAAUUAAACGAAGCAUUUGCUGCUCAAUCAGUAGCAGUUAGUAAAGAACUUCGUAUUGACGCAAACAAACUUAAUGUGAAUGGUGGUGCGAUUGCUCUUGGUCAUCCUCUUGGUGGUUCAGGUGCUCGAGUACUUGUUACACUCAUUCAUACACUUAAACGAACAGGUUUAAAACGAGGAUGUGCUGCACUUUGUAUUGGUGGUGGUUUGGGUAUUGCUAUGUGUAUUGAAACAUACUAA